CGAUGGCGAGGACGAGCGCAGCCGAUGAAGAGCACCUCCAGUCAGGCGACCCUUCACCCUGAUGCAAGCACCAGCCGCCAGCUUGAUGUCGUGGACGUAAGGAGUCGCUUGCCAACAUGUCCUGACAAGUGUAGCUAGGGGGCGGAGUCGGCAGAGGAAACCUGAAAAACCAGCGUGAAGGGGGGAGUGUAGGGGGCGGAGCUAGAGUGUGUCAGUGCUGAAGCAGCACUUAAAGACCCUUGCCCCUGACCCUGCCGCAUAGAGCAUCAAAAGCAGACUUCCUGUUGAGGCCCCGAGGCGCGGAUCAGCUGACCAAAGCAGGAAGCAAGCAGGAAACUGCAGCCCAGAGGAUCAUGGGACGUGUGGCCACGGCCCCGAGGUAAAAGGUCAAUGAGUAGCUCCAGCCUGCUGCGAGGCCGCCGCUUCUACUGCCGAGAAUGGGCCCUGGACAAGCUGCGGCGCUGCCUAGAUGCCCGCUCCGUGCCGGGUCAGCCCCCAGGACUGCUGGUGAUGGGGGGCCCUGGUGCCGGCAAGACCGCCCUGUGCACCGAGGCGGUGUGGCCUGCCUCUAAAGCCGGACGGGCGGCAGGCCUGGCGCCGCGAUGCCUGGCCUGGCAUUUCUGCCAGCGGGAGUCACAGGGGAGCACGGUGGUGUGGCGCUUCGUGCUCAGCCUGGUGGACCAGUUAAGAGCGUCAUCGCUGCUACCGCCGGAAUACAGCAGCCGCCUUGACGAGCCGCUUGCAGCGUCCUCGCUGGACCCCCUCAGCUGCCAGAGGGCCCCCGAUGACACCUUUCAGAGAGCAGUCUUGGACCCCUUGCUGGCCCUUCCGCCGCCCGCACAGACGCUGAUGGUUCUGGUGGACUCCCUGGAUGUGGGCUACCAGGGAGGCCGAGCAGGCGGGAAGAGCCGCUCCAUUGCGGAGCUCCUGGCGGCCCAUCAGCACCUGCUGCCGAGCUGGCUCCUUCUGGUCUGCUCGGUGCGGCGCCACAACAAGACCAUGUGCAAGAUGUUCCCAAGUUUUCGUAAGCUGUGCCUGGAUGAUUUGCGGAGGCCAGACCCAGUACACGAUGUGCAGCAGUACAUCCUGUGCCGCUUGGACAGUGAGGCGGCACUACGCCGUCAGCUGACCCCGGACACGGCGGACAUGUUAAAUCUGCUUCACAUCAAAAGUGGGGGCUGCUUCCUGUUCCUGGAGCGGGUACUGGAUGGUGUGGCCGCAGCUCUCGUGGGUCUCCGCGAGAUUCGGGACAUUCCAGGAACUUUAAACGGUCUUUACCUGUGGCUGUGCCAAAGACUCUUCCCCAGAGGGCUCUUCAGCUAUGUCAAGUCCCUUCUUAAUGUCAUCCUUGCCGCCCCCACGCCCCUUACGCCUCAGCAGCUCUUCACAGCGCUGUGGACCCAUGACAACCUGCUCAGUGUCCAGGAGUUCCAGAACAAACUACAAACUCUUUCCCCUCUCCUCAUUGACGGUCCCGGAGGGAGUAAACUACUUUUCCAUGGCAGCUUUGCCGAGUGGCUGACGGAUAUCAAGUACUGCACGCAGAAGUAUCUUUGCAGCCGAGCCGAGGGUCACAGUAUGCUCGCCAUGGUUUUGACGCUGCAGGGACCCCUUUUGAACAUGGAGGAGACCAUCCAGCUCGGUACACAUUUAGUUUGCUCUGGUCAUCAUCAGGAUGACCCUUCCCUUUUAGCACUGUGGAUGAUCUGGGCUGGCGUGCCUGCCCUAAGCAGCAACAGCAGCACUGCCCUCGCCACAUCAUUAACUCAAGCGCCCUUUCCGACUCAGCAAAAAGUUUUUCAACUUUUAAAAAAGAGUGGACUGGUUUCUGCAGCCAGUCUACCUAACGCAGACUCAAGUCCGGGAGGGAAUUGUGCGUGUGAAGAAACACAUAACAUGCAGCGAAAACUUGUGAAGGAACGUGGGCUGUCUGUUAACAAGCUCAAUUCUGUAGACAGACAGACCUUGCUUGCUACUGGGGCCCUCGAAGGGUCUGCUAAUGUGGUCCAGUUGCUGCUGACGCGUGGAGCUGAUCCGCUCAUUAGCGACAACCAGGGCCAAACAGCACUGACGUUGGCCUCCAGGCAGGGUCACAUCAGUGUGCUACAUGUGCUGCUGGACUGGGCACGGGUCCAGGAUGCGGGGACGGUCGUGAAAAUGAUGGAGCACGCAGACAAUGACGGCUGGACGGCCCUGCGGUCUGCAGCCUGGGGGGGUCACAGCCAGGCCAUCAAGCUUCUUCUGGACGCAGGCGCAGAAGUGGACGGCUGUGAUGCAGAGGGCCGCACCGCCCUCAGGGCAGCGGCCUGGGGGGGUCACGAAGAGACAGUUCUCAUCUUGCUGGACCGCGGGGCUCAGGUGAACAAGGCUGACCGCAAAGGUCGAACUCCCCUCAUUGCUGCUGCCUACAUGGGACAUCAUGAGGCGGUGGAGGUGCUGUUGGACCACAACGCAGAAGUCGACUUGCCUGAUGGAGACGGGCGCACUGCUCUGUCGGUCGCUGCCCUCUGUGUCCCUACAGCAGCAGGGGUCAAAGGUUACUGCCAGGUAGCAAAUCUCCUACUGGAGCGUGGAGCAGAACCUGGACACAGAGACCACGACGGAAUGACGCCUGUGCUCCUUGCAGCCUACGAGGGCCAUGAGGACAUAGUUGAACUCCUGCUGGACGCCGGCGCAGACGUCGAUGAGACUGCAGGCCCUGAUGGAAGCGCCCCUGCAGCGGCAGCUGUUACGCCCCUGCUUGCAGCUGCGGCAAUGGGCCACAUGAAGACAGUGUCACGGCUCCUUUUCUGGGGUGCAGCCGUGGACGCCAUCGAUUACGAAGGCAGGACAGCGCUCAGCCUAGCAGCCGCACGAGGAAGCACAGAUGUUGUCCGCGCCCUCCUCGAACGAGGCCUUGACGAGAACCACAAGGACGACCUAGGCUGGACCCCACUGCACGCUGCAGCCUGUGAAGGCCAUCGAGCUGUGUGUGCUGCGCUAACUCAGCAAGGCAGCAUGGCAAGAGUGGGCGAGAUGGACAUUGAAGGCCGCACGGCACUUAUCCUGGCAGCUCAGGAAGGACACCUGAGUGCUGUCAGAUUAUUGUUGGACAGACGCUCGCCUAUUGACCACAGGGCAUAUGAUGGACACUCUGCCUUGAGUGCCGCCCUCCUGGAGGGCCACGCAGAGGUGGCUGAGCUUCUAAUGCGGCGAGGAGCUGACACCGAUGUUCGUGAUGCAGAAGGACGACCUCUACUGUACCUUCUGGUGUUGGAGGAUCGGCUUGACAUGGCCACUGUGCUCAUAGAAAAAGGAGGGGUGCCCAUGGAAUCCAGAGACUCCGAGGGUCGGACAGCCGUGCAUGUGGCCUCCUGGCAAGGAAAUGUGGACAUGGUGGUCUUGCUCCUAAAGCAUGGGGCCAACCCCAAUGCACAGGACACAGAGGGGAGGCCGCCAUUGCAUUCUGUGGCCUGGACAGGAAACUCAGAAGUGGGGCACCAUCUUUUGGCCAAGAGUGGCAUCAACAUAGACCUUGCUUGCAACCAGGGGGCGACAGCUCUGAGCAUCGCAGCCCAGCAAGGACACGCAAACAUUGUCUCGAUGCUUCUGGAACGAGGUGCCAACCCUGACCAUGUGGACCAAUAUGGACGCACUCCCAUGAAAGUGGCAGGGAAGCAUGGACAUAUGCACGUGGUCUCCCUUUUACAGCGCUUUGGAGCCAAACCAUGCCAAGGUUUUUUGCCAAAAACUCGUAUAGUUUCUCCUGCUAAAGCCAACAAGAUGUCCACCUCACACAUUUCAGGCCAUGAUGGAACUGAAGCGGCUACCUCCUCCUCCUCCUCACCGUCUUCUUCAGGCUCCACUGCAGAGCACUUCCACUCCACCCACAGCUCCCAAACGUCCUCAACCGGACACUCCAUGGCCACCACACAGACGGUCCCGGCCGACAGUCUCAGUUUCAUCCAGCAGAUCCAGCAGCACUCGCUACCCCGGAGCCGCAGCCGUCCCUCCACACUCCCUCCGCCAGGAGGUUCAGUCACAGGCAGCAACCGGAGACUUCCCAAAGGCAGCCCCCCACUGACCCUCUGCACCGUGACUGCCAUGAUCCACAACUGUGAGCAGCCUUCAAAUGACUCAUCUAAUGGACUGGACUAUCAAGAUAGAAUGAACCAACUGAACUUAAGCCAAACGACAAGUGCUAAAACAGGCAACAACGCCCCUGCGGGAUUCUCAUCCAGGAUCUACGGCCCCCACCACAAGGAAGCUUGGGAUCCUCCACCCAAACGCGACACUCUGUCAACCGCUCACUUUAGCUUUAGUCCAGUGACGCCCUCUAAUGCCUCACUAGGGGGCGGGGUUUCUAUGAAAACCUCAGACCCCCAGUUGAACCUCAAACAGGCCAUCAAGCUACAGUUUGAGGGUCCCACCAGCGCGGCCUUUUACAAGCGAGAAACCCCCCUGUAAAUGACCCCGGAUCAGGUCACACUAACUAAUGCUAAUACAGAAAAACAAAGUCCAUGACAGGUUGUUGUAGUAAUUCAGGGAAAGGCUCAUUGCCAAUUUAACAUUAGUUUUACUGUUUGAGACAGAAGUGUGUUUUUGAGCAGGGCUCCAAAACACACAAACACAAAGGUCUUAUUUUGUCGUCACACUUGUAGUUUUGCUGUUUUUCUAAUUUAUUUGAAUGGAGACUAGUGUGCCAGUAACUGCUGAAUAAUGGUAUUAACCCAAUAAUCAUGCAGUGAAAACAGUACUGUAAAUGUUGCCUUUUGUGGACUCUGUCAUACAUGUUUGUAAUAUUUUCACAUGAAUAAAACUAUGCAAAUUAUAAGUCAGUAAUAAACACAUUGUUGAAUGAAA